UUUCUAGUGUUCUAGUUAUUCCCAUCGGCAAGAAAACUUAUCCAAAUUCUAUUUCAAUACGUUUACCUUUCAACAUUUAACUUGGGACACAAUGUCCGACCAGUAUUCUCGGGACAAUUGGCGCCUUCUGGCCCGGAUACCACAAAUAUUGGUCGUUGACUUACAGAAGUUAUCGCGCAGACAAUCGUUAUUGUUGUCGGCCACCAAAUAUGUCUUCCUGGUCUUACUACUGGUCAAUUUUCGGUCUCUACCGUUUGCCUGGCACAUUCGCGUAUUCCUGCCAGUUUUGCGACUCCGUCUCCAGUACUACCUCCUACGCCUUCGCAUCAUUUUCAAGCCUAAAAAGGUACGGGCGAAGAUCCUUGCGGACUGGGGCGAGACUUUAUGUCCAAUUGGUGCAAACCCCUUUAAACUCGUGACCGUUCAACAUGGCUGGACGACUGUGGACGACGCCGAUUACAAUGGACAUCUUAGCAACUCCAGUUAUGCGAAGGCUCUUGAUGCAGCCCGUUUGAAACUGGUUCUGAAAGCAUUCCCUGCAUUCGCAAGGAGUGGCGGGUGGAUGGCUCUGGGUUCUACUCACUUUCAUUUCGUUCGAGAAAUACCGUUCCUUGCAAAAUACGAGAUACGUCUCUCCAUUGGGGCAUGGGACCAUAAAUGGAUGUUCAUUAUUGCUCGCUACGUCUCCUUCCGGGGGAGCAAACAGGCGGACUCAUCAAGCCAGCAACCAGAGACUAAUAACCAUGGUGUCACACCGUCAAAGACACCAACGACAUCAACUGACUUUCCCCGGAUUUUACUGAGUACACCUGCGGAGGACUUGGCCACUCCUGCAAUCCCCGAUGAUGCCAAUGAGGCGGACUCCAACCUUCAAGCAGAAAAGACGGCAGAGGCAAUGGAAGCACUAGCUGCUGUGCAGUCGCGGAUGACCGAGCCCGACGGUGCCGUACUUCACUGUGUGGCGAUUUCAUACAUUUGCUUUAAGCAUGGCCGCAUCACAGUGCCUCCUGGUGUCAUUCUUGCAUGCGAAGGUUUCUCGAAGCCCCCCAGCAUUGCCUCUGUGCCAUUCUCGCCGCAGAACCCGCCCGCUCACUGGGAGAAGGCACAAGCAUUACGUGUCGCUCCAUCAGGCAGUAUGCCUGCAUUUGCUAAGUUCCUCAAAGGAGGCUGGCGCGAUGUGCCUGAAGGUGAGAGGUGGUGGGAAGACGCGCUGGAUGGGCCGAUAGAGGAGCAACGAACGGCAAAUCUCAAAGUCCUUGAUAACAUCAGGAAAGGGAUGGAAGGAGCGAGAUCCAUCAGGUAAUUACCUAGAGGAUUUAUCCUACCGUUGAAAGCUAGUUCGACAUUCACUACAGCCGCGUAUCUUAUAUCUCACCUCGACCCAGGUUGCGAAUCCACCCUCUCCCACUUUAUCACCAGUCCAAGACUACAAGUACGAGAUGGCGUCGCAGAACAUAUGGGUGUCUGAGCACGA